CCCCCCACCCCCCCCUUCUCGCCUCCCCGGGGCAGCGAACUACCGGCAGGUCUUCUGCAGUAGCGCAGCCCUGCAGCCCUUCUGUUAUCCUUGGACCUUCUCCAUUCGCUUCACGCCGCGCAGAGGAUCAGGACGACACGCGGUCCAGAUGUAAAGAUCCAGGGUCCCUCAUGGAGAGACGCGGAGACGCGCGGGGCGGCGCUAUCCGAGGACAUUUGCGGGCGUUCCGGGGUGCUGAGGACAGACUGCGCGCACGGGACCGCUUCACUCGGCGUCUGGUCUGUGGGAGCGAUGGGAAGCGGAUCCCUCCUCCGCCAGAGGACACCGCGGCCAGACCUCAGCCGGCCGGCUCGGCUCACGUUACCGGCGCGACGGUGACCUCCGGCGGCGCAGUGCGGAAGUACAGUCAAAACAACAACAAAGCAAGAAAAGAUGCACCUCGCGGGCAGCGACACAAGCGUGCAACUAAAACGGACCAACAGGUCCAGUGGACUAUUAACAUCUCAGCACUGCAUCACUACAAUACUACAGCGGUCAUGAAGUUAAAACUGGCCGAUCCUGACUUGGAGGAAAGGAUAUUAUCCAAUCAGCAGCUGCACAAGCUGGAAGACACGCAGGUUACAGAGAGACCAAAAUGGGACAACAAAGUCCAAUAUUUGCUAACCUGCAUAGGUUUUGCUGUGGGGCUUGGGAAUGUGUGGAGAUUUCCAUAUCUGUGUCAAAUCUAUGGUGGAGGGGCGUUUUUGAUUCCUUACGCCAUUGCCUUGGUGUUUGAGGGACUUCCUCUCCUGCACAUGGAAUUGGCCAUCGGACAACGGCUCCGCCUGGGAAGCGUUGGGGUGUGGAAUUCAAUCUCCCCUUAUCUCGGUGGUUUAGGUGUAGCUUCCAUGUUAGUGUCCUUCCUAGUUGGUCUGUUCUACAACAUGAUCUUGGCCUGGAUCCUCUGGUACUUCUUCCACUCCUUUCAGAGUCCACUUCCCUGGAGGGGCUGCCCGUUAAACUUGAAUCAUACGGGCUAUGUCAGUGAGUGUGAGAUGAGCUCACCAGUGAACUACUUUUGGUACCGUGAAACGCUGAAUAUCACGCCGAGCAUUGAGACCAGUGGGUCCUUGCAGUGGUGGCUGGUGCUGUGUCUUGCAUCUGCUUGGUGCCUGGUGUACAUCUGCUUCAUACGUGGAAUCGAGACUAUUGGAAAGGCUAUUUACGUCACUGCCACCUUUCCAUACCUGGUUUUGACCAUCUUCUUGGUCCGAUCCUUGACACUGGAUGGGGCCACAGACGGCUUAAUAUAUCUCUUUACGCCAAAAUGGGAAACGCUGAAAGAUCCUAAGGUCUGGUUGGAUGCUGCUACUCAGAUCUUUUUCUCUUUGUCUUUGGCCUUUGGGGGACUUAUUGCUUUUUCCAGCUAUAAUGUUCAGAAGAAUGAUUGUGAGAGAGACGCCCUAAUUGUCGGCCUUGUGAACAGUUUUACGUCGCUAUACGCAGCGAUCCCUAUUUUUGCUAUUCUGGGAUUUAAGGCGAAGGAAAACUACAAUGAAUGCCAAAAUUGGAACAUACUGACACUGACUAAUUCCUUCAGUAUUGGGGAUAAAAACAUAACUGUUGAAAACUAUGACGACUGGUUAAACUACCUCAAUGCAACUAAUCCUUCAGAGGUUGAAAGCCUCAACCUAAAGACUUGCAACCUACAAACCUUCUUGGACCAGAGCGUCUCGGGCACCGGACUGGCCUUCAUCGUGUUUACUGAAGCGGUGAUAGAGAUGCCAGGCGCUCAGGUGUGGGCGGUGCUCUUCUUCGUCAUGCUCUUCAGCCUGGGCCUGUCCUCCAUGUUUGGCAAUCUGGAGGGUGUCCUGACUCCUCUGCUGGACCUGCACGUGAUUCCAUCCUGGAUUCCAAAGGAAAUUUUCACAGGGUUGAUUUGCCUCACCUCCUUUUCGGUGGCCCUCAUCUUUACUUUGGGCUCUGGAAACUACUGGCUGGAGAUUUUCAACAGCUACGUGGGCUCCGUGCCUUUGCUCAUCAUAGCCUUCUUUGAGAUCAUUGGUGUGGUUUACGUCUAUGGAAUAAACAGAUUCAGUGACGACAUUGAGUGGAUGACAGGUCGGAGGCCUAAUAUCUACUGGCAGGCCACUUGGCGCUUCAUCAGUCCGCUCAUGCUUCUCGUGGUUUUUGUGGCAUACGUUGUAGUUGAGGCUGAACAACGACCAACAUAUAAUACCUGGAAUCCAGAUUACGUCGACUUCCCCCUCGCUGACGUUCAGCCCUAUCCGGAGUGGGUUUUUGCCAUCUGUGUGCUCCUAUCUGUCCUUCCUGUUGUUUCAAUUCCUCUUGUGGCUCUCUACAAAUUCUUGGGCUUCCUGCAGGAAUACGGAAUGAAAAUGCGUAACUGAAAUCCAUAUGUAAAUUAAUUAUGUCAAGAAGGAGUUUAAAUUACACUUUUUAGCCGUUUUAUACGGUAUUAUCAUCUACUUGUGGUACAUAUUCGGGAUGUUUUUUUUUUCAUCCUUUGUACAGUAUGGU